ACACACACACACACUUGGAGAGUCAGUUCAGCUCAGUUCAGCUCAUUGCAGUGUGUGUGUUCACCCCGGGAACAAGGAUUCUCCCGCACUCCUGCACGUUUUUUUUUUCCUCCUGCUUCUUCUUCUUCUUCUCUGCCUCCCUUUUUUCCAUCUCCAUUCAUCACAUUUCUUUUUCUCCUUCUUCUUCUUCUUCUUUUUCUUCUUUUUUUUUUUUUUUUUACGCCUCCACGUUUUGCAGCCAUCUGUCCCUGACAAAAAGAUAAGGAUUACUCAUUUUGUCGGCAGGUUUUUUUUUCUCUCUCUCUCUCUCCCUCGCGCUCUCUCUCUCUUUUUUUUUACAGCUUUUUUUUUCUUCUUCUUCUUUCUCUCCGUUUUCACAGGUGGACUGCGCCGAACUUUACAGUGUCCAAACUUCUCAGGAGGAGAAGAAGGGGAAGGAGAGGAGAAGAGAGGGAGGGGAGAAGGUGAAGUGAAAGAGUCGGACUCUCUCUCUCCAUCCACUUGUGGAGGACGGACAGUUUUUGGCACCGAGGCUCUCCGGCAGCUUCUUUUCUUUUUUUUUUUCCUCCGCGUUUUGCAGCAUCUCGGCUCGCUCGGCGUCCGACCGGCCGCAUCACCAUGACGGCGUUCCCCGGGCUCGGCUGGACGCUGCUGCUGCUGCUGCUCGCCCUGCAGGGCAGCGGCCGGGCGCAGGCGCAGGCGCAGCACGCCGACUGCCCGUCCUGCGCUCUGGCCCGCAUGAGGAGGCACGACGGCGAGGCGGAGGACGCGGCGGCGGCGGCGGCGUACGGGGUCGGGGGGCGGGACCAGCAGGAGGAGGAGGCUCAGCAGGACGUGGUGGAGGCGGUGAAGCGGCACAUCCUCAACAUGCUGCACCUGCAGGCGCGGCCCAACAUCACGCGGCCGGUGCCGCGCGCCGCCCUGCUCAACGCCCUGCGCAAGCUGCAUGUGGGGCGCGUGGCGGAGGACGGCAGCGUGCAGAUCGAGGGGGAGGAGGAGGAGGAGGGGGGCCCGCGAGGGCGGGGAGGCAGGGCGGGAGGAGGAGGAGCAGGAGGGAGAGGCGGAGGAGGGGGAGGAGCGGCGGCGGCGGCGGCGGCGGGCAGAGGGGGAGACGGCGGCGAGCCGCAGGAGACGACGGAGAUCAUCACCUUCGCCGAGGCUGGUGACUCUCAGGGUGUGGUGAACUUCGUCCUGUCUAAGGAGGGAGGUGAUCUGUCUCUGGUGGAACAGGCCAACGUUUGGCUCUUCCUCCGUUUGGCGAAGACGAACCGCAGCCGAGCCAAAGUCACCAUCCGCCUGUUCCAGCAGCGCCGGGCGGGCGGCGGCGGCCACCCGUCGCCACCGCAGGACGACGUGAUGCUGGCGGAGAAGACGGUGGACACGCGGCGCAGCGGCUGGCACACCUUCCCCGUGUCGGCGGCUGUGCAGACGCUGCUGGAGAGCGGCGAGGGCGCGGCGCUGAGCCUCCGGGUGUCCUGCCCGCUCUGCGCCGACGCCGGCGCCACGCCCGUCCUGGUGUCCGGCGGCUCGGAGGCGUCGCCCCGCGCCAACCAGCGGGAGCAGUCGCACCGGCCCUUCCUGAUGGCGGUGGUGAGGCAGGGCGACGGCGGCGAGCCCCGGCGGCGGAGGAAGCGCGGGCUGGAGUGCGACGGGAAGGUGCGCGUCUGCUGCAAGAGGCAGUUCUACGUCAACUUCAAGGACAUCGGCUGGAACGACUGGAUAAUCGCGCCGCCCGGUUACCACGCCAACUACUGCGAGGGCGAGUGCCCCUCCCACGUGGCGAGCAUCACCGGCUCCACGCUCUCCUUCCACUCCACCGUCAUCAGCCACUACCGCAUGCGGGGCUACAGCCCCUUCCAGAACCUGCGCUCGUGCUGCGUGCCCACGCGGCUACGCGCCAUGUCCAUGCUCUACUACAACGAGGAGCAGAAGAUCAUCAAGAAGGACAUCCAGAACAUGAUCGUGGAGGAGUGCGGCUGCUCGUAAGGCCCCGCCCCCCCGGAGCGGAGCGGGGAGGAGGCGGAGCUGCAGAGUCUGACCCGGGACCCCAAAGAGCCGGAGAGCGGCCGGAGGAGCCGGCGGCCCGUCCCUCCUCCGGCCCUCGGACCUCUGAGGGGAAACGAAGCGAAGGACACGCCUCCUCUCCCGCCCCCCCCACCCCCCACCCCCCCCAGCAGAACUCAGAGUCUCGACGGCACUUUCACAAUUUAAAAAAAAAAGAAGAAAAAAGAUGUUAAAAAAGAAUAUCUAAUAUAUUUUUGUUACAAAGGGAGGGAGCGAGGCCAGACGCUUAUUUAUGACGCUGAGACGUUCAAGCACCGCUCCGCCAGUCCGACCUCGGAGCGCCGAGGUGCCUGAAAAACUAAGACACAAACACAAAAUCUCAAAACUAUGCAACUUGUUUCAAGUAUUAUGAUCAUAUUUGUAUUUUCCUUUGUUGACAUGUUCCUGUUUCGUUCUGGUUUGUUUUCUCAGCUGUUUACUUUUUCAAAGUGGAAGAGGAAGAACGAGGAAGACUCUUUUCUAUUAUUUGUUUUGGAAGUAUAAAUUUGUGCUGAGUGUGCGGCUGCGUGUGUGUGUGUGUGUGUGUGUGCGUGUGUGUGUGUGUGUGUGUGUGUGUGUGUGUGUGUGUGUGUGUGUGUGCAUUUGUCGAGAGAUACUUGAAAGAAACAAGUUGGCCCGGCUGCUGGAACCAAACACUUCUUUAUGUUACUAUGGUUACCAUGAUAAUUUUUCUUUCUAAUUAUUAUUGUCAUUAAGUAUAUUAAUAAUAUUAUUGUUAUUGUUGUUAAUAAUAUUUCUUUUGUUUGCAUUUGUAUUUUUAAUUCUCGUGUGUGUGUUUUUUUUUUUUUUUAAAGAAACGUUACAAACGUUUUCAUUUUGCACUAUAGCGCCACUCGGUAUCGACUAGCCACAGACAGGAGAGUGAGACAGGUAGAGAGUGAGACAGGUAGAGAGUGAGACAGCACAGACUGGACCUUCCUGCCAUGCGAGCGCCCCCACCCCUCGGCCUGUAACUGUGAAGUCGCAGGUUCGAUCCCCACAGCGCCAUGAGCCUGGCCCCGCCCCCCGGCACUGUGGCGGGAAACAGUGUCAACGUCUGAAGUGGAAAUUUAAAUUAUUUUUACUCA